AUUUUGAAGAAACUAGAAUAUAAAACAUGUUUUCAGUUAUUUUACCUUUUUUUGUUAAGUACAUAACUCCACAUGUGUUCAUUCAUAGUGAGAAUCUACAAUGUAAAUAGUCAUGAAAAUAAAGAAAAUGCAUUGAAUGAGAAGGUGUGUCCAAACAUUUGGCCUGUACUGUAUAUAUAUAGCCUAUAUUCUUUGUGUAUGGAAUAUAUGCUGACAAUAACCGAUAAAUGAUCACGCCCAGAGCCGCCAGUGUCAACAACAUUUUGUAGAGAGGGGGAUAAGCGCUGUCCCAUUCCUAUUUGUAGCAUCCGGAGCCCUUUCAGACUCUCACACUCAAUCACUUACAGCUGACGUCAGUUAAGUCAGUGAGGGUUCAGGACUUGAGUCUUUAGGGGCCGGAUUGGAAUUGGGCGAAUAUCUCUGUUUGUAGCUUUGGGGAGGGUCAAAAUGAAAAUAAAUAAAUUAAUUAAAAAAAAAAAAUAAAAAAAAAUUAAGUCACACCCCAACCGCCCCCUUCUCUGACAAGUAAAGAACAGUCCCUUAUAUUUACAAAUUACACGGAUUCUGAUCUGUUCACACAAAUAAUAUUGAGACAACUCCAUCUCUAUACAUAUGCUGUUUAGGAAGUACAUUACAAAAAUACCAGGACAUAACAACACAAAACAAAAUAACAAAAUAUCACAAAAUCUGUAAGAGGAUAACCACAGAACAAGAGGUAGGAAUAGAAUUACGGGGUGUCAGUGUGUCAUGUGCAGCCUAAAAGACUGAAGCAGCCACGCUGCGUAGUGGCUAUCAUUAGCCAGAUAAUGGUGUUUGGAUUGCAGGCACAGCGUGACAUUCUAACACUUAAGUAUUAAGACUUUUCCGGUAGCAAUUCUCCAGUGUCGUAAACUGUUACACCGUGUUGUGCCUGGAGGGUGACAAAAACGGCAGCCGCAGCGACAGGCCGCAAAUGGAGCCGGGGACGUCGCGUGAAAUUCCGAGCGGCACGGGGUUCCCUAAACCGACCGGUGUACGGGAGGAGACUCCGGGGGAAGAGGCGAAAGGCGGAGAAGGGAGCAUCGGGAUUCUGAAAGGAGGAGCGAAAGAAGACACCGCGGUGGUGGUGGAAGCGCAAUGCGAGGAUGAACAAGAGAAGUACAUCAAAACCGGAGAGGGAGAAGAUGCCACCGGCAAACACGAGGAGGAAUUGGACCCACGAAUUCAGGAGGAGCUGGAACAGCUCAACCAGGCCAGCGAUGAGAUCAACAAGCUGGAGCUGCAGCUGGAUGAUGACAGGUCCAGCUACAGGAGGAUCCUCACUGAUUCUGCCAGGAAGCUCAAUGCUCAGGGCUCACAGCUUGGUGCCUGCAUCGAGAAAGCAAGGCCCUACUAUGAAGCUCGCAGGCUCGCCAAAGAGGCUCAACAGGAGACCCAGAAGGCAGCUCUGAGAUAUGAGAGGGCUGUAUCCAUGCACACUGCUGCCAGAGAGAUGGUCUAUGUGGCAGAGCAGGGCCUCUUGGCUGACAGGAACACCAUGGACCCAACCUGGCAGGAGAUGCUUAACCACGCCACUGCUAAGGUGAACGAGGCGGAGGAGGAGCGUCUCCGCAGUGAGCGGGAACACCAGCGCGUCACUCAGCUCUGCCAGGAAGCUGAGGCUGAAGUCCAGACCCUCCAGAAAGCCCUGAAGAAGGUCAUCCUCAAAUCCAAACCUUACUUUGAACUGAAGGCUCAAUUCAAUUACAUUCUCGAGGAACAUAAGGCUAGAGUGGUACACCUGGAGGAACGGGUGGCGAAAGUAAAAACACGAUACUCUGUAGCCUUGCGGAACCUGGAGCAGAUCAGCGAGCAGAUCCACGCGCAGAGAAGGCGAACCAGAGCCAGCAGGGAGCAUCCUGCAGUCUGCGGGGGGCGGAGCUCCCCUGUAGGUGCUGAGGCUGAGGUCCGAGCUGCCUUAGCGAUCUGCAUCGGGAGUAGUUGUGUGGGAAUAGAGAGCAACUGGAUGGACAAUGACAAAACCAGGCUGUGGGUGGAGAGGCACAGAGAGAGUGGCUGGGGCCAGAGGGAGCAGCUGGAGGAAGAACAGGCCGGCUCGGACUGCAUGUCUGUCAUCAGCUUGCAGACCAUCACCUCUGACCUGGAAAAGUGGGACUCGGUGGAGCACCUGGGUGACCUGAGCGACACUGGGAGCAUGCUGGGUGAGGUGUGGGACCGCAAUAGGAAGCCUAAUGAGAGGCCAAUCAGCAGGGAGGUCGUGGCAGAGGGGCCCCAGCAGGAGAGGGUCCAUCAGGAGAAGGAAGCGGCCAGUAAAGAGAAGCAGGAGAGCUUCAUCAAGCAGCACCAUAGAAGUAUUAGUAUAUGAUAGUCAGCAGGAGAAGGGAGCUGAUGAGUGAUGAGUAAUGAGGAACAUGACAAGCUCAUGAUGAGGGAUCAGAGAGGAAUUUGGCGGGGAGCGAGAAAAGCACCCUGACUGAGAGGUGGCAGAGGAGCUGGAACAGUUCUGCCUGGACACUGCAGUUAGGAAUAGUAGGAGGGGUUGGUACAUCGGCCACACACUAAUGAAUCUACAUGACAGCAGAGAGCUGUUCUGCAGAGAGCACUGACCUCCCCUCCCCUCACACUAGUGCUUUGCAUUUUCUGAUCCAGUCUGUUGCCUCACACAUUGAAACUUCAACAAAAGUGCAUGAAACAAACAGCGGGCUUAGGAAAACAAAUCACUGUGGCAUACAAACAGGUAGUUUCGAAACAAUGCAAAGACAUGUUAGUGGUAAAUUUAUGUGUCUGGUUUUUAAUGUCCCUGUAGAACAUUUAAAAAAGUUGUUGACAUGAUAUCAAUUUGUGUUUUUGCUUGAGGGAUGUAUAAAUGUACCCUUUUGUUUAAAGGGUAAUUCCACUUUGGCCAACAUUUUUAUCAGUAACAAUGGACUUAUUAACUGUUGAGAUCUGGGAACAAGAACAACAAAAGAGGUCAGAUGGGUUGUAAACAAGCUAACAGUUUACUCAAAUUACCUAAAUUACCUUAAUUGGCAGUCAAAAGUAAAUUUACCUGAAAUGUCCCUAAUAAUCCUUCAUUACACAGUUAAACUGUGUGUGCACAACUAUGGUACGUAUGGUUAAACCAACAAGACACUCUGGGGUGUUUUACUCUGUCUGAUUGUCUGACUGCCUGUGUUUCUUGAUCAGUUGGACUCCCUUUUAGUGGUGUUCCCAAAUCUCAGCAAUCAAUCUCAUAAAUAAUGAUGGCCAAGAAUAAGAUAGUAGUAGUAGUAGUUAUAGUUGCGUAAUAGUACAAAAAAAUAAGAUUUUAUCACAAUACAAUAUUAUAUCAAUUCUUUGGACAACGUUACGAUAUUUGCUGAUAUCACAAAGUCUGCCACGAUACAAUUUUGAUUUGAGCUAGUAUUAUGUGCCCAUCUAACAUAAUCAGUUACAGAUGAACCCUUUUUGCAUUGUCACUCUUGGCCGUGCUGAGUAAAGCCAUGCCUCACCAAUUUGUGUUUUUACAGUCAGUUUAGAUGCGCCAAGCUACACCAAGCCACACCGGAGAUCGACCUUCUCAGGAGUAGAUCCAAAAUGUGGGCCACCCUCCCUCAAGUGGGUAGUGGUGAUGUCAUUCACAUACAGUGAUUACAACUUUGUAUUAAAAUUCCCCACUGAUAUUAAUGAUAGCGUGAUAUAGAACAAUUAAACAGCCUAUAAACCAAAAGUCUUGGACACUGGGAGAGGCAGGCAGGGGAUCAAAGUCUGAUCAAUUAUGAUAUAGGGAUCAAUAUUUUUGGUCUAUCAUAUGAGACACAACAGACAAAUGCUCAGAUUAGCACAACAAAUGAAAUGGCAUGCGGGGUCAGUCACUAUGACAAGUGCAUAUUAAUUUAUCAGAGCUGGAAGACCUUAGACUUUUUUUCUCCUAAAAGUUAAUUUGUAUUUAAUCUUGUGAUAGCAUGACUUAAUUCUCAUAGAUUCACGACUUUAUUGUCGAAAUCUUAGAUUUUUUUCCCUUAACGUGGCCCUAAUACAUGUGCUGUUUGAUGAUGUAUAAUACUGUCACCAUCAUAUGGAGAUAGAUUUGUUUCAUAAUUGUGUGUGAACAUAUCGACAAUCUGUGUGUAAAUGUGUAAUCUGGAAACAUAAAACACCUUCCACAAAUACAAAAAAAGAUUUGUAAACUCACAAAAAUAUUUUGCAAGUAUAAAACGGAUCUGCAAAUACACAAACACAUUCCACAAAUAAAAAAAACAUCUGUGAAUACAUUAAAUGAAUUUGCAAAUAAAUGAAAAGCGUUUGUGAAUAUCUUCCUAACAUUUACAACUUUCAAACAGGCAUUUGUGAACUCUGUUGUUAUAUGUGAAUCGAAAAAACAUUUGUUGAUCUCAGUUCUACACGUGUGGAUUUGCGUUUUACACACACACAGUUUUGAAACAAUCUUUCUGCCAGUCCGAACGAAAAUGCACUCGUAUCACUCGGCCAUUUUCAGAUAGCAUCA